AUGCGCUUCUCCGCCUCCGUCCUCAUCGCCCUCGUCGGCGCCGCCGUUGCCGCUCCCACCUCUGUCCUCCCGACCGGCGACUCCCCCGUCACCGGCCUCCUCGGCGGCAGCGACCUCGUCGGCGAGCUCACCGGCGUCGUCAGCCAGGUCGAGAACGGCCUCGGCGUCGACGACCUCGAGAAGAAGCUCGACACCCUCCUGGGCUCCACCAUGGCCAAGGUCGAGACUGCGCUUAACCAGCCCCUCGCCCACAAGCUCCUCGCCCAGGUCCAGAACGGCCUCCCUCCCCAGAUCGUCGGCGCCGUCGGCCAGGCCCUCGCGCUCGUCGAGCAGGGCGUCGCCAUCCAGACUGUCGACGCCUACGUCAAGGGUAUGACCGACGGCGCCGUGCCCUCCCUCGAGAAGGCCAUUGGUGUUUCCGACAUUCAAAAGGUGCUCCAGAUCUAA